GAGAAUGAGCAUGAUUUUGCAAUCUGGGAAGGACCAUGCUUCGUUUGGACUGUCUGUCCAUCUCAUGUGGUUGGAAAUUGUGUUGUUUGACAACUGGAUGAGGACUGAGGAAUUUGUUUGUAAAAGCAUCAAUGCAGCAAUCCAAGACAUUCACGAAGAAUGA